UCUCUCUCUCUCUCUCUUUCGUUGCGUAUUCGCCUACUGGCUCUGGCUCUGGCUCACCCACGGGGCUACCUCGCUCUCCGACCCUCUCCUCAUUCCUUCUCUCGCUCUCUCUUUCUCUCUCUUCCUCCUCUCUCCGUCCUCCUCUCUUCCUCUCCCCUCCCGCCACUACUCCAUACACUCUGUCUCGCGGCGCGGCUACGGAGCCAGCCAGCUACACGGGGCCCGCCAGUUACGCAACAAUAACAACGCCGUGAGGAGGUGCGUAGCGUCGUGCGGCGCGCGACACCGCAACGCGACACCGUGGAUCGUGCGUAGUGUGUCGACCGUUCACGUUUCGCGGGGAAUCACUUGUUGACACCGACGCGGGUGAGACGGAGCUACUCGCGCGGAUCACCGGAUAAGAACGUUAAGGGGGAAACGGAGAGGUGAUCGUCAUCGAGAUAAAAUCGGCUUUCGCGCGCGAAUUCCAACCGCGGCCAGGAGCGAAAUCGACGGGAGUGACUCCGAAUCCGCGCGUGCCGAUUCGCAAGAAUCGAACGCGAUCGAGGGUAAGGUGACGUGUGUGAGAAAAGGUGCGAGAGUGUGCGAUUUGAGUAUAAAUUGUGAGAUCGUUGGAGAACGAGGAGAGACCAUAAACGGGCGCGCGAGAGUGGAAGAUUCGCGCGGGGCACAGAAGGGAGGAGAUUCCGAGGGAAUUCCGAUCGAUCGGGAUCGAAAGCGAGAAAGCGUGACUUCAAACGCCGGUCGUUGCACGAGGGAAACGCGUGUGAGGCAACUUCGACUUCAUCGGCGGGAAAAAAAUCUCGCGAAGCCGGGGGACACUCGCGAAUGUUACGCACUCGGAUGGAGAAUACGCUGCAAGUGUCGAUCGGCGCGGUAGAUCGGUAAGGAACGUCAAGCCGCACACCGGAUCGAGUAGUCGGUAACUCGCCUCCGAUCGAUGAAUGGAGCAGUAGUGACGUGUUAUCACGCGGCGAGUACGAGAGCGGCCACGAGGACAGAGAUCGGCAAGAGGUGCGCCGAUCGGUCGAUAGAUUAUCGGUGAAUCAGGACCGCGAGCGACGUCGGGGUAACACCGAGUAUAAAUCGCAACGAGGGACGAAAGUCGCACGCCAGGAGUUUGAGAUCGAGCAUCAAUCUGGUACACAAGAUCUCCGGCGGCAAACGAGGUCGCCGCGUCGCGCCGAUAGAUCGGCCGGAGAAUCCGCUACCGAUUUCUCGGGAGGGAGACCCCGAGGAGAGGAGAACGCGCGUGAGACGCUCGCGAGCGUCUCCCCGCUGCCGCCCGCGGCCCCACGGCGACGCGUUUAGGCGCCAAUGACGUCACCGUGCGAGUGAGACCGCCGGCGGGGGAAUUCGCGGUCGGAGUUUCUCGCCGCGCGCGCGGCACGUUUACGCGUGUCCCCGACGCGACGCGACGCGACGCUCGGCAGUGCCGCGAUCGCCGGCAAUGGUAGCAGCGGUGGUAGUGGUGACCGCGCGGUAGUAGCGGUGUGGUGAUCUUGUUCCUCGUCGUCGUCCGUCGUCGUUACCUCGCGGUGGGGGCCAGGAUACCCCGUGGAAUCCGCGGUGCGCGCGAGUGGCCGAUUACACUUUUCUACGUAUGUAUAUGUCGCUCGUCGGCGGGCAAUGACUAACCGCGCGCGGCCGAUCGCGCUAACGAGAGAUAUCAUAUCCGUCGACUCCGGAGCUGCCGAUUCGGAGCUAUCGCCGUUGUCGUUAUCGUCGUCAGCGCCGGUCAGACGGGAUUUGCAUAGCAAACAGAUUGACGCGCUCGUAGUAAGUGGAUAACGAGAAGCGAGAAAUCGCGCGCGUACACCGUAUAUAGCGCGAGAGAUCGCGCCCGCUUGUGUGCGGCUCGCACGCGGGUGAGUGUGUGAAUAUCGCUCAGUGCGUACGUGCGUGCGUGCGUGCGUGCGUACGACUGGCUCGCGGUGCCAGCAGGAGGGAGAAAGAGAGAGAGGGAGAGAGAAAAAGAGAUAGAGGAUACGACGGACGAGGCAAGUGCGGAGCUUAAAAUAGAAGAGUGACUUCGGUUUAAGUACGUGGCGGGAGGACGGAGCGAGUAAAACGAAUCGGAGAAGAGAAGGGUAGAUGUUGUGCUCACUUUUUCCCCACCUCCGGAUUUCUGUGAUACGUUCGAAUUCUACGUUUCUCCGUGGGUGAAAGAGGGAACAACGGGAGAGGAGACGACGAGAAUACACAUACACACGCACACAUAUAUUACAUAUAUAUAUAUAAAUAUUUCGCGGUGGAGUGUGUUUCUUCUGUGAUAAUUCCUAUAGUGCGUAUUGUAUUGGUGGAACGCGCGAGAGAGGAAAGAGAGAGAGAGAGAGAGAGAAAGAGGGUGACCGUGUCUCUCACGCGCGCGACACUUUUCUCUUUUUCCCGCCUGUGUGUCGUUGGGAAAAAAGGAAAGAGGAUCCGUCGAUCCUCAGCGAGGCAGAGAUCGCGCCUCCAGCAAGCGAGCGCUCGCCCAUCGGAAAGGAGGCGUCGGCUCGCUCUCUGUCCCACGCGAUGGAUCGUGACUCGUGUUCGUAUUUCUGCGGAGGCUGCGAGAGGACCGCCGCCGAGGGCCGAGCUAUGCCGAUGGAGUAACAAGUGAGCGGCGAAGCGGCGUUGCCAUGACGACAGAGACCCAUACUGUGGCGAUGACAGACCCACAGCUGACCAAUAAUAAUAACAACAACAAUAACAACAACAACAACAACGAUGGCGAGCCAAAGUACCUGCACAAGAAGUUCAAGAAGAUGGCGACGACCGAGGUUGCGCCGAAAAUCAUCGAGAAGGAGGGCACGGCAAACAACGUCGCCUCUGGUGAGACGCCCAAGCGUAAGGACGACGACAAGGAUGGCAAGGAGUCGUCGAAGGAACUCGGCAAUAAGCUCGAGCCUUCCCCGGAGCCGGCAGGGGCAGUCGAACCCACCGCCGAGUCCCGGAAGAGUGGUUACGCGUGCCCUUACUGCCCGAUGACGUGGACCAAGCCGAGUGUCCUUCAAAAGCACAUCAGGGCACAUACGAAUGAACGGCCGUAUCCGUGCGCGCUCUGCGGAAUCUCCUUCAAGACCAAAUCGAAUCUGUACAAGCACUGCAGAUCGCGCUCUCACGCGCACAAGGUGGAAAAAGGAGAAAAGGUGUCCGAGGAUUCCGACAUAAGUCUGUCAGAUAGCGCCAGUAAUGGCACUGGGACACCACCGCCGCCGCCAGCUUCUACGCCUACAACGGCAACGACGACGGUAUCUACUGCCGCAGUUAAGACCGUGAAGACCGGCAAGAUCUACAAGCCGAAGUUUCAAGCCCGAACGGCCCUGCAGUGCGUGAACAGCGACACCGAAACGUCUUCCUUAUCGCCCAGUUCUUCCAACAGUUCCUCCUUGUCUUCCUCCACGACCGCCUCUGCUUCCAAUUCUGUUAAACCGAACGCGGAACAGUUGCAGGAGCACAUCGACAAGAUCAUCACGGACAAUCAGGCGAUCGUUGACGCAGUGGAUCCAUGUUUGCACAAAUUAAUGCAUCGCCAGCAGAGUUUAGUGGAGACGAAGCAGUCAUUUGAACAGCAGCCGUUGAACUUGUCUUCCGCGGAGGAGUCUUCAAACAGCAGAAAGCGUUGCUACAGCGACAGUUGCGCUCAAGAAGCGAAAGACAGUGAGCUUCCAGAGAGUUCGAUUAUCAAGGAUCUCUUGUUGAAAACUCGCGGUUCCAUGAACGGACCGAUAGCAGAGACCGCCGUAGAAAACUUCGUCUGUCCUAAAUGCAACAUCCCCUACACUAGCAUAGAUAAUUUAGAGGCUCACAGUAGAUAUUAUUGUAGUAAGGGUAUCGACAGUUCUCGAAAAGGAGCCGAUUAUCAUGCGGACUUAGAGAAACGAGAUUCUGAUUUCGAUGUGAAAUCUUCUGAUUAUUACAGUACCUUGCAACCGUUACCCUCGCCAGGUCCUCUGCUGGGUAAUACCAGACUAGUCGACGCGUACGCUCCACCUGCUAAGAAGCAAAGAACGGAAUCCGUGCCGACCAGUUUAAGAUCAUUGGAAGAGCUCAGCAAAUACCCGCGUCCGAACUCGCUACAGAUGUUCGGCGGUGAAGUGAGGAUUCUCGACAACACAGGCGAGGUGACGAAAACGAUGAGAAUCGAGCCACGACAGACGAAUUCGCCCACGAACGAGCACGUAGUCAACAGCAAGUGCAUGAACUCGGAGACGGCGUCGAUAGUGGUGAAAUCGGGACUUCAUUCUGGCGGUACCAUGAUGCACAAGCCGCCAGGCACAUCGGCCAGCACGUCCAAUUCUUCCAUAUCCUUGCCCAACGCGCCGAAGAUAUUGGCGCCCAUCAUACCGAACAUAUCAACCCCGAAUAUAGCGCCAACCAUGUCCUGCUACGACUACUUGGGGCCUCUCAACCCGCUGACGAGUAUCACUGCCUACAAUCCGUUGACUCUGCCGCAAGCUGGUAUCACGAAUAUCCUCCAUGCUGGAAAGGUGAUACCUUAUGUACCCGGUAUGCCCGGACCGCACACUCUGACCGGUACACCGACCAUAGACAUAUCUCCGAGUAUAACGGCCGGCGAAGCCGGUUACAAGGUGAUACCAGGCCUACCGGGCCUACAUAUGGUACCUCAGCCGCUGGAUCUGGCCAGUCCGGUGAAAGUACAGUCCAGCAUGGUGCCUGGGAUGCCUAGUCCGUUGUCUGGACAUGUUCCUUCCAUGUUAGAUCAGCCUUUAGACCUGGCCAGUCCGGCGAAGGAAUCGAUGAAAAUCAGCUUCAAGACACCCAACGGCGACGGUCUGAAGAGCGGUUUGACCAGUCCCAAAGUUCCUAGCGUUAAGGUUGAGACCUCGACGGACAAGUAUCGCACGAGGGUACCGUCGACUCUCGGCGGAGAGACUGGUAAAACGGAGCUCGAUCGUCAUAUCAAAAAUAAUACGACAGUGAAGUACAAGGGUAUAGAGAGCCCGCGAGAGAGGAAGGAUUUCACAUACGACAAGAGCCCGAAGCUGGACAAGGCUUUUAGUUAUCCGAACGGCGUGGACCCCACGAUUUCUUCGAACUCUUACAGCAAAAUGAGAUAUUCGCCCAAGACCAUUUCGGAAAGUAGGAAGAGAUCGUCAAAUUGGGGAGUCAGUGAAGUGGAUGCUGGCAGAGCAGCUCCGGUAGACACGCACACUGCAAUCCCUAAGUACGACUUGCCUCCUCACGAAAAUGGUCGAUUAAAAAACAAUGUCUCCUCGGAUCCACGUGGAUGGAUCAAGAUCGCGGAUGGAUACGGCGGAUUCAACGGCGCCAAAAUGAAGGCCGACAACGCGCCAUCGGUGAUACUUGUGAACUUAGAUUCUUCCAAGACAGAAGUGCCAACGAAAACUUCCGUAGAAUUAAUUGUUAAGGACAAGCAACCCGAGGCCAAGUCGCCGAAAAGUGGCAGCGAUGUCGCUAAAGAAACGACUAGUGCUAAUAAGUUCUUGAGACCCACGUCUCUGCCAUUGAAACCCGGUACGUUUACGCCGAAGAAGCAUCACGGGAUCACGCCCACGGCGAAUACACUUCCUCUCAUCAGUCCGGAGACUCCGCGACCCAAGAAGUCGUACGGACAACUAUAUCUAAAUGGGCAUGCCUACACAUAUCUGGGACUCAAGUGUUCCACCAGGUUGUUUUAUUGUACCCUGAAUCGACCGCAGCCAAUGUAUGUCACGCAGCAGCACGGUCUGUCGAUGUACUCCAAUUGGAAGAUAUGCAAGGAGGCACCACCAGACGUGGAUAUGGCGCACUACGACUCUCGGCAUAGGCCUCUCAAUUACACUACCGCGUGGAAGAAACAAGAGGACAUUCUAACGCACUCCUCGCAAAGACCAACCACUCCCACCAGUCCGGACAGCGGAUUAGAGAGUGACAUGCAGGAGAAGACGAAAAGGGUGAAGAUAUUUGACGGAGGCUUCGAGAGUAACGAAGAUUACACUUAUGUGCGCGGAAGAGGUCGAGGACGCUAUGUCUGUGAAGAAUGCGGUAUUCGUUGUAAAAAACCAUCUAUGCUGAAGAAACAUAUCAGAACACAUACGGAUGUUAGGCCGUACACUUGCAAGCAUUGUACCUUUAGUUUUAAAACAAAGGGUAACCUCACGAAACACAUGAAAUCUAAGGCUCACUACAAGAAGUGUGUGGAAUUGGGCGUAGUGCCAGUCCCUACAACUGUCUGCGACGAAAACAUCGACAAGGAGGCUAUCGCGCGAUUAGUUGCCGGUGGCGGUAACGCGGAAGAAUCCUCAGAGGAAGAGGAAGAUAGUGACGGAGAAGAAAGCGAGGAGUCUGGUAGCGAGGAGCAAGAAGCGGCACAAAGUCUAUUGAGUCUUUCGCAACGUAACACGUCGAACAGAUUGCCGGGGUUGCUACCGUCUGGUAGACCCACAACGUAUCCGUACACGUUAACUUUACCGACGACUUCCUCCGUGAGCGUCGCGCCCACCACCACGACUACAUCGACCAUGAGUCAAAGCGUCACCACGCAAGAAACAGCUCUGAUCCAAAAUGAAUUAUCGCACCGUUAUUACUUCCCGUCGAACCGAAGUGCGACGGAAGAAACGAGGAUCAGUGUCAUUCAGUCGUCGAAGAAAGAUGACUCUGACUUCGAGAUCGAAGAAAUCACUGAUGUCACGGAGUCACGUCAUCAGCUGUCGCAGCCCAUGGAUCUCACGACGAAGCAGACCACUCAGGUGUUGCCCUCGCCGGUACCGCAAAGGGUUAGACCCGCGGACAUUCUGACACCCGUUUCGGAGCCGGUCCUGUUGCAGACGAUAGUCCAAACGAUGGAACGGCUGCCUAUACAGGGUAGAGAAUGGAAACCGGAUGCGGAGGGCCACAUGUUGCAGGCCUACCUCACGGAGAGACAUGUAAUGGACAGCAAAAUUAAGCAGCAAUACCGCGUCGGAAAUACCAAGGUGGACAAGCAGAUACAGGAAAGAGAUGCUUACUCGCGUCAUCAAGACCAAAACAGGUCCAGGCAUAUAGAUUCCAACGGUAUUCCAACGGUGACUUAUACCGAUCCCAGCAAGAUGCAGCAUACCGUUAUGGAAUCUAGGGUUAAACACAUGACGAAGCACACCAGCGACGACAUUAAGAUGGAAAUCAGGGAAAAGAUUUAUCAGAAUAACAUGGCGAUAGAGAGACGAACGUUCGAUUACGAGGCUAUUCACAAGAAUAAAGAACAGAGUAAUCGUACAGUUUCUGAUCGUGAAAAUUUUGAGCUUGGUCUAACUAACGGUCCCGCUGGCACAAGGCCAGGUAUCGAGUAUGGACUAUCUAUGACUAGGAACAAUAGUUCGAUCGAGAGACCGAAUUGCUCUAUUGUACCUGUUCGCAGCACGUCCAGUAUUGAUUGCCAUUCGCCGAAAUCUUUGAAUAUGGACGUCAACAAUCGACCACCGUUGAUGCAACAUACGAACAACGAUAUCGAUAGAAGUUCCAUGUUCAACGCGAUGAAGAUGGUGAGUGAGAUGGAAAGACCUAGAGAAUGCCAUUCCGUCGGUCAGGAAAUGAGGUCUGCGAAUCACGAGAUGAGAACCGCGACUAAUGAUGUUCGAAUACAGAAUCAUAGUCCGCGGAAUCUCGACCUAAGACCGCCCAGUAGAGAGAUCAGAACGCCUGGUCAAGAAUACAGAACGCAGAGUCAAGAGCUGAGGCUAUCGAAUCAACAGGAAUACAAGAUACGCGGUCAAGAGAUAAGACCGCCUAGUCGCGAGUACAAGCCGUCGUUCGCUCACGAUAUGCAAGUCAUUCAAGAGCUUAUGCCGUCGACAAACAUGGAAAUCCGGCAAGCAAAUCCGGAUAAUAGACCGCCGAGCCGUGACAUGAGAACUCUCGCAGAAUACAGGGCGCACGCCCAAGAUCCACGUGCCAACUACGAAAUAUUGCAGCCUAUACACGAGCCGCUCAAGUCGCAAAACGUAGACGCGAGAAGUACGUCACCGCAGAAAGUACGAAUCCUCUAUUACGAUACGAAACACUCUGCGGACAUGGCUAAACAGAAUACGUUAGAUAACAUGAAACACGCGAUAGCCGGAAAGGUAGUCGUCGGUGGGCCAGAUUUUCGAUCGCCGUCACCAAACACAGGAAACACGAAACCGCAAGCGGAAUUUUUACAACCGUCGAGUGGACCGGCGCCUAACUAUGUCAGUGUCACGGAAGAUGGUAGGACUGCGUGUGGGAUUUGUAAUAAGGUGUUCAGCAAGCCUAGUCAGUUACGGUUGCAUCUCAACAUUCAUUAUUUCGAGCGGCCGUACAGAUGCGAAAAUUGUGCAGUUUCUUUCCGGACUAAAGGCCACUUGACGAAACAUGAAAGAUCCGUUUCCCAUCACAAUAAGGUCAGUAUGACUUCUACGUUUGGCGCGGCAACUACCAGCAACCCCAGGCCUUUCAAGUGUACAGAUUGUAAGGUAGCAUUCAGAAUACAUGGACAUUUGGCCAAGCAUCUUCGCAGCAAGAUGCACAUCAUGAAGUUAGAGUGCUUGGGCAAACUUCCGUUUGGAACCUAUGCGGAGAUGGAAAGAUCUGGCAUCAAUUUGAAUGAUAUCGAUACGACGGACUGUGAUAAUAGUCUUAAUAGUCUGCAGAUGUUGGCUCAAAAAUUAGGCGAGAAGGAUCCGGCAAAGAUCGCGCAGUGGGACUCGGAAGCUCUGCCCGGACCGGUCGUGAGCGGCAGCGAGACCUCGUCGGAUGAGGGUGAGCCUAUACCGCAGCACGCGCUUCACGCGCAAUACGUGAAAGCGGCAACGGACGCAGACAUCUCCCGACCAUAUCACAUGUCGAUCGUCCCCGAGAAACCGAAAGCUAUUAACGACGUUCGCCUCCGCAGCCCUCAGUUCAAUCAGCAGAGACGUGAUUACGCCGUUAAAGAGCAGCGACUGAUUUCGGCGGUCGUUUCAAUGGAGGACGCGAGAGGAGCGGAGGACAGUUUACAAUCGUACAAGUGCCAAGUUUGCCCCGUAUCUAUGCGUACCGUAAACGAGUUACAGGUACACUGUUUUGUUGAACAUAAUAUUGAGACGGAUUCUAGUACAAAUAUUCACGGAGACAGGAGUGCGGGUAAAUGUAGCAGGGAAAAAGAGAAUACUCAAAAAAGAAUUAUGGAGGAAUCCGCAGUGAAGGAAGAUCACAAAAGACAAAGGAUAGUGGAUACAUAGUGCCAAAACAAUAUAGCGUGCUAAAGAAUUUUUCGAGUGGUGUCUGCCAUACUACUUAGAGAAAUCGCGGUUAUAAUAAUAAUAUAUCAUAUGUGGAAUGCAUCACAGAGAUAUCUUAAUAAAGAAAUCUCGGUCGUCCUAAAAAAAUAUAUUUCGGUAGGGUAAUACGAUUAAUGAUGAUUUAUGUUUGAAGAGAUGUUUCUUGAAAAUUAAUGUUGCAGAAAUUUAAACGAAGCGUUAUUAGAGAGCUGCGUGCAAAUACAACAAUGCAAUUGAAAAUUUUACGUUGCCGUUACGAAAUAUUUCGCAAAUUUCUGAGGACUUUACAAAAAAUUAUCCAAGCGUAAAAAAAUCUGGACCUAGAGUAAUAUUCGAAUACCAAUAAAUACAUAACGAAAUACAUGUUAACAUCAGCGAUGAAUUACAUGGUAUCGAGUACGUUUCCUUUAUUACAGCAUCAAUUCUAAAAUUGCGUGCUUAUAUUGUAAACGUAUAUAACUUGUAUAGUCCUCCUGUAAAGAUUUUAAACUCUUUCUAUUCUUUCUCUUAAAAAGCGGCACGUAUAACGCGUAAAGUAAAAAAGAAAAAACACAAUUCGAGUAUCUAAUAAUGAUUAUAAUAUUUAUACACAAUAGUGUUUCUCGUAGUAAACAUGAGGUGCAAUGGACUGGCAUGUGAUUCUAUAUAUUUAAAGCACAAAUGUGUUACUUUCGACAUAUUGAAGAGUAUUCUAAUAUUACAAAUGAAUAUUAUACUUUAAAUUGGUAUAUGCAACUUAUAUACACACACGUAUAUAUAUACAUAUAUAUAUGUGUAUAUAUAUAUAUAUUUGUACGAUAUUAGUAUGAACAAUUAUGAGAAUUAUUGUUGACGUAAGAGAAAAUGUGUUUGUAUAUAUUUAUGUAUAAUAUAACGAGAAAUCAUGUUAGAGUCUCUAUUAUAGUUUUAAGAAAUCAAGAAGCUGUGUCGGUUGCUCAGAUUACUUGUAAAUUUAAGCGCUUUUAAUUCACACGGUAGAUUCUUUAGUUUCCCCGUGUCUUUAAAAGAUUUUCCUUGUAAGCAAAAGUCAAGUGUGGUGAAGUAUCUUAAUAAGUUUUUAUUUUAUCGGAAACAUUGCUGAACGUUUAGUUACCUUCGUAUUCUGAUAUUAUUAGUUAUUUUUUAAUCCUAAUCGAUCAUGUUUGUUGUAUCGUUCUGAGGGACCGAUUCGCUGAUUCUGUUCAAGAUAAUUAAGCCUCCUGUUUUCUCGCUGCAGUUCUAUUGAAUUAUCCACGUUGAAAGCGAAAACUUACAUGAAUUUUUCUCGCACAUUAUAUGUAUUAUAUAAUAAUUAUAUAUUAAAUUAUAUAUAAUAUGAUAUAUUAUAUAUAAAAUAUAUUAUAUAAUUUAUUAUAUAUUAUAUAAAUUAUGUAUCUUAUAUAAUCUGUCGAGCAAGCGGAAGCAUGUGGAAAAUCAAAUUUAUUUCAACAUGGAAAAACAGCUUCGCCUGAUUUCUCGCUGGUGGCCUUAUAAUACGACUGCAGUGAGCAGCUUGGAGAGGCUUAUACACCUUCCACGAGCGACAGCUACCGUAUCUUUAUAAUUAACCGUCUAUCUAAUGCUACACGCAGUUUUAAUAUUUCACUCAAGCACGAGAAUGUCUUUCCUAUUCCGCAUAAUCAGACUCCGGUUAUCACGGUUUGUACCUAAAAUAGGUGUGCUUGAGCCCAGGAUAAAAAAAAGAAAGAAUAAUACGGAUAUAUAAUGUAGAACGAGACGACCGCACAAGGUAUACAAAUGAGGUCCAGUCCGCGUGAUGUUUCACACUAAACGAUAUCAGUGUAGCCGUAGUCUAACAUAGCAUUUUUUGGAUGUAUAUCUACUGUCUUGUAAUUCUGUCGACUCCGACCGCGCGUUAACUACGUAUGAGCUUCCAGGAUGCGUACACGCAUCGUCGUGUGCAUGUAUGUGUGUGCGCGCACACACCCGUAAAUGCCAAGCCAACAAUUUGCGUUCGAUGGGAAUUUGUCGAGAGGGAGCGGAUACACGCCUUUUCGGAAUUGACCUCCGAAGUGGCGACUCUUCCACGCGAAACGCGACAUUUUCCAAAAUUAUACACGUCUAACGCACAUCUACGUAUAUAUAUAUAUGUAUAUCUCUCUCUUUCUCUCGGCUACUUGCAUGCGUACUUAUAUGUGAUUUCGAAUGUACUUUUUCCAAAUUGUAGAUUCAUAUUACGAUAUACACAUAUACAUAUAUAUUUUUUCGAAACGUUGUCGUAGAAGUAUCGCGUGUAUUUUCCGUCGUGCACGUAGCGAGCGUGUCGUACAUACAUAUCAGAAUAUCGCCGCGGUAUUCCCGGUAUAAUUGACCCGGGGGACGGUGGACGGCGUCGUUUGAAACCCAAUAUGGCGCAGGUGCGAGUUAGGUUUUACUCACGGGGUUCUGCCGCAGAUCUUCGCCCGCGUGCUCUCUGUCCCUGGCCUCCUCGAACAGCUCCGGAUCCCGGAAGCGCGCACUCGCGAUCGCGAACGCCGAGGAUCACCCUCGCGUGUCCCGUCGGCCGCCGAAGACGCGAUCGCGCGCGGAAAACUCGAUCGCGACGCGGAAACCGUCGCGCUCGCGGGAGCAACUGUCGCGGCGCGGAUGCACACUGAACGUAGCCGCGGCCCGCGAUUCGAAUCCUCGAACGCUGAUGAGCCUCCCGUAGUGUGUUGCGUUAUUAAUGUCCAUUCCUAUCAAUGCAGAUUAACUUUUAAUCUCGGUUUAACUUACUUCUUGUCUUUUUCUGAUUGUUAGAAUUGGAAGAAGAUAAGAAGUAAAGUAAACCCAUUAAAGUUAUCUACAUUGAUAAAAAAAAAAGACAAUCGUUUCGGUUAAACGGCCACGCGGUUCUUACGGAUAAAUUGCGAAAAACUGAGGAACUCCCCCUUCUACAUGAAUAAUUAUUUUUGCACGAUGUUGUAUGAUUAAUUGAUCAAGUUUGGAUAUAUUACGUUCAAAAAGGAUAUUACGGAAUGAUUUUGACAUGUAGCUAUAAAAUACAGAGAGACUUUUUUGUUUAAAACUUGAGCACAAUUUCAAGACGAUCUUUCGACCGUUGCUUCUUUCGCGCACGUCGAAUUUCUUCAUAAAUCGAGAGAGUUGUUUUCAUCAGAUUCAUGAACGUUUCUAAAUGAUUAAUGGGACUCAUAAAACAUGACGAAACGUGCUUAAUCAUACAUAUAUAUCGCUUAUCUGAUUUAAGGAGCCAACGGAAGAACAAUUCUAGUUACGAACUAGCUGUACACACACUUUAAAUUACAGAAAAAAAUAUCACCGGAUACAACAUAAUAUAUAUGAUUAAUAAUAAUUUCCAUGUCUAAAUGUGCUAUCAGAGUUUCUCCUGUUUUGAGAUAAAAGUCGGUCAGUUUUUCGCACCGAACGGUCCGAUAUUAUUAUUUUCUACCUUCGCAUUUCGGAACAGAUUCGACCGUGUAUCACGAGCGUGCGAUUAACACGUUCCAAUUGCAUCUCGGUAUCUUCCUUUACAUGCGCACUGUUAUUAUUAUAUGCAUACUGUACAGUCUAAUAAUUCGGGUAAAUGUUUGUUAAGACGAUUCGACAUACUUUUACGACAUAUUUACGAUAUUCGAUUAAAUAAUCUAUAUUGUGAUAAGUAACGGAAAGAACCAUAUGGCGAAUAUCCCGACUAAUAUCCUAAAGUAAAAGUACAAGCGUAUCUGUUAAAAAAAAUAUAUUAAAAAAUAGAAAGGAAACAGAGACAUUUAUUUUGUCGAUAGCGCGCAUCUCCACGCGCUCGCGUCUACGUUUUUCGCGAAAAAGGUUGGCUUGGCUUAAUUGGCUUCUUCCAGACUCAGUAUUAGACUUCGCGGACAAUGAAAAAAAAAAGAAAGAAGGAAUAGAAAGGAAAGGUCGAGCUUGCACGGGUUUCUAGACGGUGUUGCACCGAUUUACAUUUUUACGGAGGCACAGAAAUCGGGUUACCUCGUCGCCCGAAUUCACCCGCGGUGUCUCCGAGAAAAAAAAAAAGAAGAAGAAAAGACUCUCCGCUCCGCUCCAUAUCUUUAUGGAUGAUUUAAAUUUUGUAUACGCGCAGCGUGCGAACGGUGACACUUACAAACACCUGGCGGUAUAGUAUUUUAUAUGUAUUAUAGGAUCUCUUUAAGAUUUUAUAAAUGUUUUUUCAUGGAAGAGAGAGAGAGAGAAAGAGAGAGAGAGACGGGAAGGGUGUAUCUCGUCUUUGUGCUCGCGCAAACACGUCGUGUACUCCUGCGAGCUCUGGGCUUCGACAAAUCACGACUCCAUUUGGAGUUGUAGCUUUGUCGCGCGACCUCUCGAUCGAAACCGACCGUAUAUAUCGGGCCGUUUUACGCCCGUAUAUAUGUUAUAUAUCAGACAAUGGGACCGGAGUGAAAAUUUUAUAUAAGCGUAUACUCGAGAAAGUGACAAACGGGAUUUACGGUAAUAACGCCAACGAGCUUUGCCAGUGUCACCGCCACUUCUCUUCCCGACUCUGUGAAUUCUGUUGAACUAUAUACAUUGAUGAGAAUGUAAUUUUUAUUUAUUGUAAAUAAAAGAAGGAACAUUGCUUAAAGC